UCGCGCGCUCACACCUGCUGGUUACGUCAAAUCCUUCCUCUAGAGCGCCAGCACGCCGUCGUCUUGGAAACGCUCCUUCAGCGUCGCAAGCCUGUGUGAGGUUGUGUGGACGGAUGAUGGAAGAAAACAGCAGAGAACAUCUCGAUACUGAUAAUGAAGCGGGGGGAGACGAUGCUCUGGUGGGGAAUGUGAACAAACUGAUGGUCACCCCUCCAGGAUACACUGGACCACCCAAGAAAGGUCAUGUCAUCUUCGACGCCUGCUUUGAGAGUGGUAACCUGGGCCGUGUUGACUACAUCAGUGAAUUUGAGUUUGAUCUGUUCAUCAGACCUGACACGUGUAACCCGCGCUUCAGAGUGUGGUUUAACUUCACAGUGGAAAACGUUCGGGAGACUCAGAGGGUGAUUUUCAACAUUGUGAACUUCAGCAAGACGAAGAGCCUGUACAGAGACGGGAUGUCCCCCGUGGUGAAGUCGACCAGCCGGCCUAAAUGGCAAAGACUGCCAGCCAAGAAUGUGUAUUACUACCGCUGCCCCGACCAUCGGAGGAACUACGUGAUGUCUUUCGCCUUCUGUUUCGACCGUGAGGAUGACAUUUACCAGUUCGCAUACUGCUACCCCUACACCUACUCCCGCCUGCAGCAUUACCUGGCCAGUCUUGAGCGCAGAAAUCUCGAUUACCUGCAGCGAGAGCAGCUGGGCCUCAGUGUGCAACAACGAAGGCUGGAUCUUCUGACCAUCACCAACCCCGCCCAUCUGAACCAAGAGCGAGAAAAGCGGGUGGUGUUUCUCACAGCCCGCGUUCACCCUGGAGAAUCACCUGCUUCCUUCAUCUGUCAGGGUGUCAUCGACUUUCUGGUCAGCCAGCAUCCCAUCGCUCAGGUUUUGCGUGAUCAUGUGAUCUUUAAGAUCGUUCCUAUGCUCAACCCUGACGGCGUGUACCUGGGAAACUACAGGUGUUCACUAAUGGGCUUCGAUCUGAACCGUCAUUGGCAGGACCCUUCCCCUUGGGCCCAUCCCACUCUACAUGCCGUCAAACAACUCAUUGUCCAAAUGAACCAGGACCCAAAAGUGAGUUUGGAGUUCUACAUCGACGUGCACGCUCACUCCACCAUGAUGAAUGGCUUCAUGUAUGGUAAUGUCUUUGAGGAAGAGGAGAGAGGGCAGAGACAGGCCGUUUUUCCUCGACUCCUGUGCCAAAACGCACCUGACUUCUCUCUUUCCAGUACAUCAUUUAACCGUGAUGUGGUCAAGGCUGGUACUGGCCGACGGUUCCUGGGUGGUCUGUUGGACGAUACGUCAUACUGCUAUACGCUGGAGGUCUCCUUCUACAGCUACCUGGCAGCAGGAAGCACCUCUCCUGUGCCGUACACUGAGGAUGGCUACAUGAAGCUGGGUAGAAAUGUGGCUCGGACAUUUCUUGAUUACUACAAACUGAACAACCUGAUAGAUGAAAGCAAGCUCACGGGACACAUUAACAGCCCUUUCGAUGGAACGUCCACCAGUCAUCAAGGAAACAAUGCUGGAAACGGGAAGGUUAAGGGUGACAGAAAACCCCAUGGAGUCAGGAAUUACUAAAUGCACAGAGAAAAGGGAAUACUGUACGGUUCCUCGAGUAAGACGUUGUGAACUACGGUCCACUUGCAAAUUACGUUUUCAUAUCAGCCCACGGCAAUCCAGCAGAUAUUUGUUGUCUAAGUUUUUAUGUGAUGAUAGGACUCAACGACUGUGAAUAAGUCUUCGGUAUUAAUUCUCACUUUUGAGAUAUUGCACAGAGAAAACAUCAACUGUAAAUUAUCCCACCGGCUACAUUUAUUGCUUUUUCAGUGCUUUGUUGAAUACCAACUACUUUCUUUGCCUUGCAUUUGGAGUUGCCUAUUAUCAGUACAGAAAUUGUAUUUCGCUCAGCUGUGCUCAUUCUGAUAAAGUGAUUACUUUUAUGAAUUCUUUAAUUGUCUGGAUAGUCAUCUCAAGUUGUUUAUUCAAACCUGAAUGUUUGAAAAUUGCUUAAAUAAAAAGCAAUUGACCUGUAAUGUUUUAUUAUAUUCAUGCUU